CCCACCCGCUGGGCCUCGGCGGCUGGAGUCAGGGGUCCUAAGAGGCUCCUCAGGCUGUCUUCAGAGCACCAGGCCUGCUCCACCGCCGGCCGUCUGCCCUGCUCUCCCCGCGGUCUGUUUCUUGGUCCACACCACCCCGCUUGUCCUAAAGCCCGCGUCCUCCGCGUUCUCCGCGUUCUGCCUGGCGUCCUCUGACUCCUGGCUCUCUCUCACCCCGGCCUCUCCCAGGGUUGGGGCUCGGUCCCAUCAGCUCCCGUCGGCGCCGCUCAUUCCUCCUCUCGUCCUCUCCUCCCUCCUCUCUCUCUCUCCUUCCUUUCCCCUCCCUCUUCCUUCCCCUUUUCCUCCCUCUUCCUCGCGGCUCCCGCAGUUCCCUCCUGCAGCCGGCCCGCGGCUCUCGCACGAUGUUCCGGCUCCUCCGGUGGCUGCCGCUCUUGCUGCUGCUGCCUCCCCCGGGGUCCCCCGAGCCCCCCGGCCUGGCCCCGCUGUCCGCGGGGGCGCCCCCCCAGGCCCCCGACUUGCUCUACGCCGACGGGCUGCGCGCCUACGCGGCGGGGGCCUGGGCGCCGGCGGUGGCCCUGCUGCGGGAGGCGCUGCGGAGCCGGGCGGCGCUGGGCCGCGCGCGGCGGGACUGCGGGGCGCGCUGCGCGACCGAGCCGGAGGCCGCGCUCCCCGCCCUGCUCCCCGCCUCCCCCGGGCCCGACUCCGGGUCGAGAGCGGCGCGGAGCGCCUGGGAGCCGCUGCUCCUCCGCGCCGCGCUCCGGCGCGCCGAGUGCCUGACCCAGUGCGGGGCGCGGAGGCUGGGUCCGGGGGGCGCGGCGCGGCUCCGAGUGGGGAGCGCGCUCCAGGACGCCUUCCGCCGCCGAGAGCCCUACAACUACCUGCAGAGGGCCUACUACCAGGUCCCUCUGCCCAUAUCCCACCCACUGCAGUCUUCAGAACCUGCUUCCGUAGCUACCAGACUCCUGACAGUCCCAGCGUACUGGGGGUCUGGAGGUUGGGUGGUGGGCAGUUCUCACCUACCGGUCUUCCAGAAGGCUCUGGGGCAGUGCCAGCUGAAGAAGUUGGACCUGGCAGCAGCCGCAGCGCACACCUUCUUUGUGGCCAACCCAACGCACCUUCAGAUGCGAGAGGACAUGGCUAAGUACAGACGGAUGUCCGGGGUCCGGCCCCAGAGCUUCCGGGACCUGGAGACGCCCCCAUACUGGCAGGCAGCCUAUGACACUGGCCUGGAGCUGCUGGGGCGCCAGGAAGCAGCACUGGCACUGCCCUGGCUAGAGGAGGCCCUGCAGGAGAGCCUGGCCCAGGUGGAGAGCUGCCGGGCUGGCUGCGAGGGGCCUGAGGAGCAGCAGAAGGAAGAAGAGGAGGAGGGGGGCACCGGGAGCCAGGGAGGCCUGUAUGAGGCCAUCGCAGGGCACUGGAUAGGGGUCGUGCAGUGCCGGCAGCGCUGUGUGGAGGACACGGCCACACGUCCUGGUCGCGGCUUCCCUGUCCCAGACUUCCUUCCCGGCCAGCUGAGGCGGCUGCACGAGGCCCAUGCUCAGGGGAAUCUGUCCCAGGCUGUGGAAAAUGUGCUGAGCGUCCUCCUCUUCUACCCGGAGGAUGAGGCUGCCAGGAAAGCUCUGGACCAGUACCAGGCGCAGCUGGGAGAGCCAAGACCUGCCCUCGGGCCAAGAGAGGACAUCCAGCGCUUCGUCCUUCGAUCCCUGGGGGAGAAGAGACAGCUCUACUAUGCCAUGGAGCACCUGGGGGCCAGCUUCAAGGACCCCGAUCCCUGGACCCCAGCAGCUUUCAUCCCUGAGGCCCUUAGAGAAAAACUCAGAGAGGAUCGGGAGAAGAGGCCGUGGGACCAUGAGCCUCCACAGCCGAAGCCCUUGACUCACUGGAAGGAUGUCCUCCUCCUGGAGGGGGUAACCCUGACCCAGGACGCGAGGCAGCUGAAUGGGUCGGAGCGAGCGGUGCUGGACGGGCUGCUCACCCCAGCCGAGUGCGGGGUGCUCCUGCAGCUGGCCAAGGACGCGGCUGAGUCUGGAGCCAGGUCCGGCUAUCAGGGCCGCCGCUCCCCACACACUCCCCACGAACGCUUCGAGGGGCUCACAGUGCUCAAGGCCGCCCAGCUGGCCCGGGCUGGGGCUGUGGGUAGUCAGGGCGCCCAGCUGCUUCUGGAGGUGAGUGAGCGCGUGCGGAGCCUGACACAGGCCUACUUCUCCCCGGACCGGCCCCUGCACCUCUCCUUCACCCACCUGGUGUGCCGUAGUGCCAUAGAAGGAGAGCAGGCGCAGCGCAUGGACCUGAGCCACCCGGUGCACGCAGACAACUGUGUCCUGGACCCUGACACCGGGGAGUGCUGGCGGGAGCCCCCGGCCUACACCUACCGAGACUACAGCGGACUCCUCUACCUCAAUGAUGACUUCCAGGGCGGGGACCUGUUCUUCACAGAGCCCAACGCCCUCACCGUCACGGCGCAGGUCCGUCCUCGCUGCGGGCGCCUCGUGGCCUUCAGCUCCGGCGUGGAGAAUCCCCACGGUGUGUGGGCCGUGACGCGGGGGCGGCGCUGCACCCUGGCGCUGUGGCACACGUGGGCCCCUGAGCACAGGGAGCAGGAGUGGACAGAAGCCAAAGAGCUACUGCAGGAGCCAGAGAAGGAGGAGGAAGAAGAAAUGCCCAGCAGAGACCCCGCCCCAGAACCCCCCAGCCACAGGCUUCAGCGGGUCCAGGACAAGGCUGGGAAGCCGCCUCGGGUCCGAGAGGAGCUGUGAGGGGCUGAGCCAGCUCCUUGGGGAUGUGGCCUCUUGACUUGUGGGGGGUCUGCCUUGAUGCCAAGACCCCCGAGAAGUCCCCAUGUGACAGGAGCAGAACAGCGAGCUGUCCGUCCCCGCAUGCCCGCCAGCCUGGGGAUCACAAGGGCCGUGCAGCCCUGGACUUAGAGGACGCUGCACAGACUAGCCUGGGGAGCCAGGCCUGGGCCCGGCCCACGGACCUCCAGCCCCAGGACAGACAGAAGACGUGAUGCUGCCGCCGUGGAAAGAAACGGCAGGGGGGUAGGGCCCGACUGCUUUAAAUGAGGCGGAUGAGAGGGAGAUCACCCCACUGCCCGCUCCCCGCCUGUCAAUAAAGAUCCUGAAGAUCCCUCA